AUGUCAGCGGAUCUAUUUGCAGCGUUUGGACAGCCUGAUUCUGCACAAGAUGCCAACUUGUCGACAACUGGACCGGUCAAGGCAAAGCGAGGUGCCUUGCUAGACACGGAUGUUGACUCGAGAGAUGCUGCGCCACAGGCCUCGUUAUUUGAAUCAUGGCAUCCACCCGCGAUUGAGAGAGCAAACGGCGAUGUCGAGGUGCUGUUCGACGCAACCACUGAACUGCCUCCAGAUAGCAACAGCGAGGAUGAAUGGGGGGAGUUUGAGAGCGCAGAACAGCUACCGACUGCUCAUAACGAGGCCUCCUUUGGUCUACAGCGCCAGGUGUCUGGUACGGGCAGCUCUGGGAUUUCGGCCACACCUGUAAAGCCAUUGUGCCACCGGGCUGCAAAACCUCAGCCUCAACUGCACAGUGUCAUCGAUCUGCUAUCUAUCGAUGAUGAUCCCGCAAGGACUACAACAGGUUGUUCUACGGGUGAUCGACCGGUCCAGCAUCAAACAAGUCAGACACAGCGCGAGGAACUAGCUGCUGUUCAGCCUGUGAAGGGCGGGGUGGACGAACAAGACGAAGACGACGAUUGGGGUGAAUUUAUUGAUGGAGGCGAAGACUCUCGCACUAAUGCCCAACAACCAAUCCCUACGCCGUUAUCCACGGCAAAGGCAGCCUCACCUGGGACCAGAUUGAAUACGGAGAAAGCGAGGGCUCCCAAGGCAGAUACAGCCUUAUCGGUCAGGCCUACGAACAUUCCACCGCCCUCGAUCCUCCUUCCGCUUUUUCCACCGCUACUGGAAGAGUCAAGACAAAAAGCGGCAAGUUACGCAAAGAGGAGAGAUGCCAGCCAACCCGAUCACGAGUUUGCCAACCAGGUGGUAUCUGAUAUCAAAACCAUGGCCCACGUCGUGUCCGGGCGCCAGCUACGGUGGAAACGAGACCACAUACUUAGCCAGAGUACUAAAAUAGGUCCCGCUAGGUCCGGGCGAUCCGGGGGCAUGAAGCUGAGCAGCGUCAACAAAUCGGAGAAUGUAAAGGAGGAGAAAGAAGCCGUAGAGGUGCUCGAGGCAUGGAAGAAGUGUAGUGGCAUACUCAACUCUGUGGUUACGUCUACGGGAAGGAACCCGAUGCCUCCCAUGUCGUUGAGCAUGCAAGUACGAACUGCAACCGCCGACGAGGGUGCGCUGAAAUCAACCCACGCCUGUGCACUCUGUGGAUUGAAGAGGGAAGAGAGAAUCCCCCGAGUCGACGACAAGGUGAGCGAUAGCUUUGGGGAGUGGUGGCUCGACCACUGGGGACACGCGGACUGUGAGGGCUUCUGGAAAUCCAAUGCAGCCAAGCUAGAUCAUCGAUGA